GCGUUUCGUCGGUGUUUGACGUCAUGUGGAAAGUAGCAAUGUCGGAGGAGGUUGGCAUGGCGGUACAAUCGGUGCUGGAGCGGGUGAACCAGGCUGCGGCGCGGCGGCCCAAGACGGUCCCGGCUGUUCCGCCUCGCCUCGUUGCUGUCAGCAAGACGAAACCCCCGGAGAUGAUCGUAGAGGCCUACAGACAAGGACAGCGCAACUUUGGAGAGAAUUAUGUCAACGAGCUCGUGGACAAAGCUUCAGAUUCUUUGAUUUCAGAAUCCUGUCCAGACAUCAAAUGGCAUUUUAUCGGCCAUCUACAGAAGAAUAACGUCAACAAACUUUUGAGUGUUCCCAAUCUGUUCCUCGUGGAGACGAUCGACUCGGCCAAACUGGCUGACAAGGUGGACAGCUCGUGGCAGCGCGUCCGGGGCGCCAGCAGCCAGAGGCUAAAAGUCAUGGUCCAGGUCAACACCAGCGGAGAGCAGAGCAAACACGGCCUGCCGCCGGAGGAGACGGUGGACACGGUCAAACACAUCCUGUCCCGGUGCCCCGCCCUGCACUUCUCAGGACUCAUGACCAUCGGGCGUUACGGCCACAACCUCACCCUGGGCUCCAACCCCGACUUUCAGUUGCUGCUGAGUCGGAGGCAGGAGGUGUGUGACAGUCUGAACAUGCCUCUGGAGGAGGUGGAGCUCAGCAUGGGCAUGUCCAACGACUUUGAGCACGCGAUCGAAGUCGGCUCCACCAACGUCAGAGUCGGCAGCAUCAUCUUCGGCAACAGGGAGUAUCCCAACAGCGCUGCGAACACUCCGAAUCCCAGUCCGCUCCCCAGUCCGGCCCCCAGUCCAGAGAAAACCUCCAAGACGGUGUCAGAAGAAGCUGCCAAGAAGAUGAAACAUCUCACCGUCUCUGAACACUAAGAGAUUAUUCAAGUACAUUCAUGACGAAAGGAUAAAAACCUCUUCAUAUGGAAAACUAACGUACACCCGGAGCUAGGAUGGCAAACGUCUUGGAAAUCUUUAUGGAAAUUCUCGUACUAAUGACUUUUGAUGUGCCCUUUUAGCUCUUUUGAACAUUAAAUUGACUUUGAGUUAGAAACUACUGUAGUUCUGCUGUUUUUAAACAGUAUUUUAGUGCUUUGACUUCCAACACAAAGCUUUUUAGUGAAACUUACUAGAGAGAAACUUCUGAUAAUACGACCUAAAAGAAUAGAAGUGGGGUUAUGUGGAGUGGUUAUUAGCAGUCAUCAUCUUACCUUCAGUAGUCAGUCGUUACUUUGGAGGAUUGAGGACAGAUCGUAGCAUCAUCAGCACCAGUUCGUGAAGGUCCUGGUUUUUCUUUGGAAGCCUGAAUUUUGUGAUUGCGCCAGUCAACCUGGCUCUGAUCAAACUGGUUAGAAAAAUAAAAAAACGUAAAUGCUGGAGACUCAUCGGCAUUUACAUUUGGACCUUUAAAGACAAAUCAGAGCUUUAUCGCCACCUGCUGGACUGGAGUGUGAAACCAGACUGUGUGCAGACGACCCUAAAGCCACUGAGAAGCAAACUGAACAAACUCAGGCAAAAUUCAAGGGUGAGAAUCUUUGAGCCUUUACGGUUGUGAAUCAGAGGCUGUGGUACGAUUAGAAAACAAUAAUAAUGCCUUUCAGUUUGCUUGAAUGUUUAUAUAAUUAACAGAUUUAUAUAUAUAUGUGACCAGUGUUGACAAAAUAAGUAGUUUUUUCAAUAUUGAGUUCAAAUUAUCGUU